UGGGGCUCCUGCUUUAUAAGAGCGGGGUGCCUCUGCAAAGCUAUAGAGGACUGGGAGCUGAGCAGUUACCAUGGCCCUGGACACUGCUGCCCUCUUCAUCGUGACCCUGUCCAUCAAAGGCCUGCUCACCCAUGCUGCUGACACCUGCCCAGAAGUGAAAGUCCUGGAUCUGGAGGGCUCCAACAAACUCACCAUCCUUCGAGGCUGCCCUGGGUUGCCUGGAGCCCUGGGACCCAAGGGAGAAGCCGGUGCCAAAGGAGAUAAAGGAGAGAACGGCCUCCCUGGACAUCCUGGGAAGGCAGGACCGAUGGGGCCCAAAGGAGACAAGGGCCUACCUGGACAGCCUGGCAAGGCAGGACUGAUGGGGCCUAAAGGAGACCAAGGAGAAAAGGGAGCACGUGGAGAGAAAGGAGACACCGGGCUUUCUCAGUCAUGUGCUACAGGACCUCGGGCCUGCAAGGAAUUGCUCACCCGGGGCCACUAUCUUACUGGCUGGUAUACCAUCUACCUGUCAGACUGCAGGCCCCUGACUGUGCUGUGUGACAUGGACACUGACGGUGGAGGCUGGACUGUCUUCCAGAGGAGGCUUGACGGCUCUGUGGACUUCUUUCGGGACUGGGCCUCUUACAAGCAGGGCUUCGGCAGUCAGCUGGGGGAGUUCUGGCUGGGGAAUGACAACAUCCAUGCCCUGACCAUGCAGGGAACCAGUGAGCUGCGAGUCGACCUUACAGACUUUGACGGCAAGCACGAGUUUGCCAAGUAUAGCUCCUUCCGGAUCCAGGGAGAGGCCGAGAAAUACAAGCUCGUCCUCGGAAACUUUGUUGGAGGUGGUGCUGGUGACUCUCUGACUAUCCAAAACAACCAAUUCUUCUCUACCAAAGACCAAGACAAUGACCAGGAUUCUUCCAGCUGUGCGUAGCGAUUCCACGGAGCCUGGUGGUACUCGGAUUGUCACAGUUCCAACCUCAAUGGUCUCUACCUCAGGGGUCCUCAUAAGAGCUACGCAGAUGGUGUCAAUUGGAAGUCAUGGAGAGGGUACAAUUAUAGCUACAAGGUUUCUGAGAUGAAGAUACGCCUCACUUAGCUGCCCACACAGGGACGUCCUCUGUCAUCAUCGCCAGCUAAGGAAGGAAUGUGCCCACCCUGUCCAGCUCUGCCCUUUACCCACAGCCCAUACAGCCCGUGACCUCCAGGACAGCCUUCCUCACACACCUGCAUUUUCAUCUCAAAAGAAAAAUUACCUUUCCAAAAACUGCUUGUUCUCCAACCGACUUGUGCCUGUGAGCUUUCCGUGUUACCUUUGAGUAUUUCUUUGCAUCUCUAUCAUCCAGCACAGCUGUCUAUGACCUUGACAGUCAGGAAGAGUUGCAAAGUCCAUUUAUAAAUGCAGAGGAAACAACCAAUGUCUGCUUCCCUAGGGUCAUCUGCCUCUGACCCCCAGCUUUGCUAUUAUCAUAAGUGCCCUGUCCCCACCCCAGCCCCAUGUCCCCUUAUAGCUCACUGACAGCAAUUAACAUGACCAUUAAAAAGUCACGUAGAGCUAGGAAACAUUCAUAAGAGGUUGGAAACAUGCAGAAACACUUCUUGCUAUGUAAAUGUUUCUGUGAGACAGUAGCUUCGCAUGAAUUGCAGAUAUGGGGAGCACUGACCACAGGGCUGGCAGUACCGGGGAAGAUGAAGAGGGGCCUGAUCACCCAGGGCACGUCUCAUCUCCAGAACCUCAAUUUUAAUUGAGGGGGUUUCUGGGGUCGAGGAGAGGUACUCCUUACACACCAGGGCUAGUGUCUCCCUAGGACUCAGGGAGUCUGAACAGGAGGACGAUCUUGGUGGGUAUGCCCCAUUCAAACUUGGCAUUCUGCUUAUCAGACAUAAAGGAAGGAAAUAAGGACCAGGAGGAUAGAAUCUCUCUACAAACUUAUGUUUAGCCCCAUACCUCUGCUUCAACUGGCACCCACACAUUUAGUGGCUUCAAAGAACAGGAUCUGUUACCCACAGUUUUCAAGACAAUAAGUCUUGUAGAGGUCCAGCUGGCCAAAGUCAAGACACUGGUGUGCUUUCCUCCUGAUGCCUGGCAUGGAGCCUGGCUCCCAUCCCCUCCAGCUUCCUGGGUACCCUAACUUCCUGAGCCAUCAUUUCUUUGUCCAGCUUUCGAGCCAGCAGCAGUGUUUCAAUCUGACCUACUGCUGUUCAUCACCUGGAAUGGGUCUCCAUUUCUAACUGGAGUUAGAUGUGGUCAGCUUAGACCUGCCCCACAGGUCUCAAGAAAUCACAUAGUCAAGUUGCUCCCUGAAACUGUUUACAGGUUCUGGGCAUCAGGCAAAAAAAUCUUUAGCAGAGGACAUAUUACCCUGCCCACAACAUCCUAUUAGAAACAAAACAAAACAAAACAAAGCAGGACUAGGGACACACCUCAGUUUGUUGGGUACUUGACUAACAUGCAAGUGCUAGAUUUGAUUCCCAGAAUUGCACAACCUGGAUGUGGUGGUGCACACUCUAAUCCUAGAGUUCAGGGGAUGGAGGCAGAAAGAUCAGAAAUUCAAGGCCAUCUCAGGUUUGAAGCCCGUCUUCGAUACACGAGUCCCUAUCUCAAGAAAAUAACCCAAUAACAGCAACAGAAACCAAACGGCACAGUCUAAUAAUAACAGUAAAAAUACCCGCAGCAGGUCAGUGAAAACUAGUAUUUGGGCUGGAGAUGGAGCUUGGUGAUAAAGCCCUUGACCAGUAUGCACAGGCACUGAGUUUGAAAGGCAGCAAUGAAUAAAACAAAGAAGGCAUGAGAUUUGAGCAACUGUCUCAUGAAAUUGAUUCCGAUGCAUUUGGUGAAAGGCUCCAAAUAAUUUAGACUUCUAAAAACACCCUCAUAUUUGUAAAAAAAGAAAGAAAGAAAAGGUUCAAUUUACUUAUAAAAAUUGUAUCUAUCAGAGAGAUGCAAAUCAUAACAAAAUGAGGUGUUAAUAUAGGCUACAGCUCUAAAUGAGCAAGACCAAGUUUAGGGGACAAGGGGUCUACUCACCAGUAGCGGCAACCCGAAGGCUAUGGCCAAUAUGAAAACAAUGAGCAUUCGUUGAUGCCGUGGAAGAGCCUCAGUCAUGAUCAUGCUACAUGCCUCAUACCUACAAGGCGCCCUUCAUGGUAUGGAGGCGCCAGUGUGGCUGCAGGAGGCAUGGCCCAGGAGCUAAAGACUCUCAGGCCAGAGUGAAUCCCAAUGCUCACCACAAAAGAGAAUGUGCCUAGAAAAUCACAAAGACAGCAGCCCCACAGAGUUCUCCUCAGCAGCUGUCUGCACGACAGGGGUGGGAGUCUUCUUUAUCAUAGAUACACACUUUAGUUGAUUAUUAAUGUGUGCAUGCAUGUAUAUGCGUGUGCGUGCAUGAGUGUAUGCACCUGUGUAUGCAGGUGCUUACCGAGGACAGAAGACGACAUUGGAUCCCUGGGAGCUGGAGUUACAUGCAUUUAUGAUUUAUACAGCUUGUUACACAGGUGCUAGAACCCAAACCCUGCGUUCGUCCUCAUUGCACAGCCCAAGUCCUCAAUCUU